AUUGCCUACCUCUGCGGUGACUGAUAAAUAACGCUGUUCCCCCGUGUCCACGAGAAGCGAAGACACACUGCCUUGAAUUUCAAUCUUCAAGGUUCCGUAUUCAAUUGACAUGCAAUGUCCAAUUUUGCAACAGCUAUUGACUUCGCUGAAAAGGGAAAGCUGGAGGUUGAUGAAGAAGAUCGCUUGAACGACGUUGAAAUCGAUGAUCACCUGACCAGUUACCAGUAUUUAAACAACACCAACGGAAGAUGCGAAGAAUAUUCCGACUGAGUCAACAAAGGAUUUCAUCCGGCCAUCUUCAUCGAGAAUAGAAACUUCGGCGUCUUCAAAGAGAAGAGUGGGUUCGCCCGAAGUCGAAGACCGCAAGUCAGUCUGUUGCGAGUGUAAGUUGCCUGCAUCCUUUCCAAAAAUAAACACCUCUUCUUAGGUACUUAAUUUAAUUUGUUUUGCAGUCGAAGCGUAUCCACUAGGCUUCUCACGGCUAGCAGCUUUGCAAAUUAGCUCCUCCGAUCUAGCCAUUUUCCGUCGCUUUGGAGUGCCCACUGUAGGGUAAUCUUGCACUUGCAAUGCGAGAUAACGAGUCUAAUCAAAGAUCUUGAUGACAUGGACGUGACAGAUUCACACGAGAGUAGCCGAAUGCUAUAUAGACUGCGAUGAAAUGAGUGGCACGAAGGAUGGGAUACGGCACAGAAGGAUCUACUGGAAAAACUGCAGUUUAAACUCUCGGUAUAUGGUAGGUGCUCAAAUAAUUGCAAAUUGAGUUCCUGUUAUAUAUAUAUAUAUAUUAAGAUAACAGGUCCGGACAUGAAACUGACUUGGAAAUAGAUGAUUUACUGCUCAAAGACAGAUGCCUGAGGAAUUUAGAGUCACCACGGCCUCAGCACUAUCAAAGUCUAUAUAACUGGAUUUUAGGCUACAAGCCACUUGAUGGUGGGCAAUACGAUUUUCUUUUCCAUAAAGAGGACUUUGUGUCCUCCAUGGAAAGUAAUCAUGAAAGUCGAUUUGACGAGAUCAUUGAGUGGCUAUUGUCUCGUUGGCCUAGCUCAAGAUUGUUACAGGUAUAACCCCGAAUCAUUCCGGAUCCUUUUCUAUUUCUUUUGGCAAGACUCAAAAAGCUGACUUGAAGAAGACGGUCCUAGGGAAGACGUCAGAGUCAAAAUCUAAGAAGAUAUCAAGUGCCGGGAUCUACACUUUCUCCCGGACUAAAGCCGUAAUUGUAGCCAAAGUUCUAGCUUUGAUCAUCACUUUUACAAUACUACUUAUGCCCGUCAUGUUACUUUACCUGAAACCAAUGAGCAAUGCGGCUAGAGCUCGGAUGGUUUUGGUUUUCGUCCUUGCAUUUGCGACUUUGAUGUCUCUCUUCCUAAAGGCGCGUGUGGAAGUACUAUUUAUUGGCACUUGCACGUAAGUCUUCUAUUACUGGGUUCUUUUUACCAGUAGUAACGUGAACUAACCUUUCCACCAGAUAUUAUGCAGUUCUUGUGACAUUUCUAGGGAAUGUAGGAAUAAGAGAUAGCGUUUGAUUUAAGGAGGUAUGGCUCCCUGAUCAUGAAUUUACAGUUAGGUUAAUGAUGAGUUAAUGGCAAAUUGCGACAUUAAAAAUCGUAAAAGUCGCUUUUUAUAGGGGAGAGAGGCAGGAAAUAC